AGUGCAGGUUGAGCUCUACAGCUGUGUACAAGCAGCAACGCUUCAAGACUUCAUCCAAUGACGGGGAGUUUUUGUAAACAAAACCAGCUCCACGAUGUUAAGACUGCAUCCACAUUGAGUGAGGGGCCACUGGAGCAUGGAGUUUGUGUCAGUGCAGUAUGAGUUUGAGUACACAGCCAAGGACGGCCGCUUCGUGUCCAUCAAGCCCAAUGAAAGUUACAUCCUGGUCUCCAAGACUAACGAGCACUGGUGGCACGUUCGCAGAGACCAACACACCAGGCCCUUUUAUGUCCCCGCACAGUACGUGAAGGAGCUCGCUGAGGCCUGCACAGGUUCUAAUAAGCUGAAUUCAGCUGAGGGUCUGACUGACAGCACAACAGUGGACAUGACUACCGUAAAACCGCGUAAACCAGCUGCAGUGUUUCGCAUAUCAUCUCAGGAUGCUUCCAGAGAAACGCAUCGCUUCUCUACUUUUGGUUUCUGUGACGACCUGCCAGAUGUGAAGCCGCGUGAGAACCCGAAAGAGACUAACAGCAGCUUUGCACCCACUCUGGAUAACGUAAAGAGGCCAAAUGCAACAGGAAGAUUUUCACCCCUAAACGCUGAAGACAUGCAGCUGUAUGCAAAACCUCAUCCUGUGUCAAAGGUCAGACAUGAACAGUCAGAAAGCUUCCGGCAGGAUGAUACAGUACCACAGAGUUUUGAGGAUGAGGAUUUCGACUUCCCUUCGCCCCCGCCGCUCAUAUACGACACCAUACCGGAGAUAAAAAUCACAGAAUACGACAUGGAUUGUCUCAUUCCUCCACCUGAUGUGUUUGCAUCGCAGCAGUGGGAUGAAACUGCAAGAGCACCUUCUCCUGCAGACCCACCUCCCAUUGAACAGGUGGAGAAUGCAAACCUCCGGUCGGCCGUGUACGUCAAUGUAGCGCAGCUUCGCCAAAGCAUCUCCGAGUCUCCCCCCUCGGCUCCCUCGUCCUACUCUCCCUCCUGCCUCGACCCGGAGGGCUGGGAGGUGCACGUGGACCAAGACAGCGGUCAGGAGUACUACUACCACCCGGCCACGGGGCGCACCACCUGGGACAACCCCUUCCUAGACUCCCCCUCGGACCUCGAGCCACCCCCAGCAGAAGAGCCCUUCACCCCCUCGCCUCCCCAGUCUCCCGCCCUCUCUCGGUCCACCGCCUCCCCCCCUGCCAGGGCCUCCGACUGGGAGCAGCUGGUGGAUGAGACCAGCGGCCGGCCGUACUUCUACAACCCGAUGUCUGGGGAGACGUCCUGGGAGCCUCCAGAGCAGCUGAGCCCGUAUCCCCCGCUGAUGGAGCCCAUGAGUGUGCACAGGUUUCAUGAGGACGGGCCGCCUCCUCUACCGGAGGAGGACUACCCCUCGGAGGACUACCCAGCGUCUGACCCGCCGGAGUCCUACGAGGACCUCCUCGCCACCGGACCUCCGACGCUCCCUAAAGAAUACGCCCUCGGUCAUGUCACCCGGACCGUCAUCCCCCGGGCCAACCUGGACCGAAGCACGCCGGCGGGUUGGAACCUGACGGUGGAGCCCUGCGGGACCUGGGUGUUCACCAGCGACAGCUCUCCGGAUCAGUGGAUCAAGUCCAUGGAUGAUCGGGGGCAGACCUACUACUACCUGAGAGAUGGCUCCAGGUCUCAGUGGAACCUGCCCGAGGUCCCUGUAUGUGCCGGUCAGUCCAGGGUGGAGAACGGCGUCGAGGCGGAAAAUGUGUCCGUCAUUAAAAACUGGAGACACACCAUGGGACCAGCUCAGCUCGGCCCUGCCCAGGAUGAUGGGAGGUUCGUCCCGACUCACAGGAGGAACACGUCCGACUACAGCAGCGACAGCUCGAGCACAGGAAACUCUCCGGAGACGCAGCACAAUGUGCAGAACUUGGAAAAAGCUGGAAUUCUCAACAAAACAAAAGUGUCUGAGAAUGGAAAGAAAGUAAGGAAAAACUGGACCCAGACGUGGACGGUUCUCCACGGAGGCGUGCUGACGUUCCACAAAGACCCCAAAUCUGCAGCAACGGGGGCCUCGAACAAGACCAAUCAGAUUGUUCCCGAGGUCACGGUGGACCUGCGAGGAGCCACGAUUGGCUGGGCCUCGAAGGACAAAUCCAGCAAGAAGAACGUCUUAGAGCUAAAAGGAAGGAACGGUGUGGAGUUUCUGAUACAGUAUGAUACAGAAAGCAUCAUCAGCGACUGGCACAAAGUCCUAAUGGACACCAUACGACAGCUUGAGUAUCAGGACAUUCAUCAUCAUUCGGAUGAGGAGGACGGAGAUUUGUACGAAAAGAUCAGCCACGCAGAGCGAGACGACAAGCUUGGCGGUGGCAUGGACAAGCGAAGAUCCUCCAGGCCGAGCGUCACACAAUCGUCCAGCUCUGCAGGAGAAACGGACCCCAAGAAGGUUCGAACCAAACUGAUGAAGUUCCUCAUGAAGCGUCCGACGCUGCAGUCUGUCAAAGAAAAAGGCUACAUCAGAGAAAAUGUGUUUGGUUGUCAUCUUGCCACAUUAUGUCAACAAGAGAGGACCACAGUUCCUAGGUUUGUGGAGAAAUGUGUGAGAGCAGUGGAGAAAAGAGGUUUAGACAUUGACGGACUCUACAGAGUCAGCGGGAACCUCGCCGUCAUUCAGAAACUACGCUUCAAGGCUGACCAUGAGGAGCUGGACUUGGAGGACGGUCAGUGGGAAGACGUUCACGUCAUCACCGGAGCCUUGAAGUUGUUUUUCCGAGAACUUCCUGAGCCACUUUUCCCAUACAGCCACUUUAAUAAGUUCAUCUCUGCCAUCAGAAUUCCUGAUUACAACACAAAACUGUCCUGCAUUUAUGAGCUGGUCAGAACGCUUCCGCCUCCAAACCAUGACACCAUGAAGCUCCUUUUUGGGCAUUUACACAGGGUCAUUCAAUACGGAGAGGACAAUCGCAUGACCGUACAGAAUGUGGCAAUCGUGUUCGGCCCGACGCUGCUCCGUCCGGAGAUGGAGUCUUCCAACAUCGCCAUGCACAUGGUCUUCCAGAACCAGAUAGUGGAGUUCAUCCUGAACGAAUACGAGCGUAUCUUCCACUCUAGCUGAAGCAGUCACGAGCAGAACUGAGCGAACACGUGCUCAAGUUAUUUUAAAGUGCCAGAUUUACCUUUGCAUGCACAUCAGCAGCUUCAGUGCAACAUCUAAAAGUAAACUUGUAAAAUAAGUUCAAGGGGCCUUGAAGUUUAACCAGACUAGAUAAAGGAUCUUCAAAUGGUCUUUGCUGAGGAUAUCUGAAGCAAGUUUAGCUACUGUUUAGUCUGGAUUUUCUCCAUAGGAGGCUCACACUGUUAGAAUUAUCUUUGGCAGUAUUGUAGGAUUGGAAGUGGAGCCACACGGGUGCAGACAGGUGUGGCUCGGUUUCCCUUCUCAAAGCUACUGAGCUUGUUUCUUGGGUGGCAGAAGGACUGUAUUAAACUGCUCUCACUCCCUGAGACUUUAGGUGUCUAAAUCUCACAGGUCACUUUCUUCAGAUUUUAUUAUUUUAUUUUAUUUUCGUUUGUUUGUUUCUCUAAAUUCCACUUUUAAUAGAACCCAAGUCAAACCUGGGGGACUGCAUUAAUGCUCUUUUUAAGAAAUGGCCGACGGCUGCGUCCGUCUUCAUUUUAGAAAGUUUAAAUGUUGUUUUGGAUUUAAAGUUACAGUAUAUCACACGUGGCAAUAACUGAGAUUGUUUCUAAUAUUGUGUUUUCUUUUUUUCAGCCUCACUUUUACGCAUAAAUUUUAUUGUAAUAUAGAAUUGUAUAAAAGAUAAAUAUUAAUACCAACAUUUUGCUGUGAAGUAGACAAUGACAUAGAAUACUUGUGCAACCUGUAGAUUAUUUUCCACUGAAUUGUAAAACACCAUUUUUUCAAUCAUGCUGUACUUGAAGAAACUGUAUAAUAACGACAUAGAAUUAUAAACUAGUGAUGCAUUUUUUUGACAGUUGCCAGUAAAAUCAGUCAGGAAACAGAAAAAUUGAUAUUAGAAGAGAUAUAUGACCUGUAAAUAGAAAUAGAUGGCAUAUUUAUGCUGAAAGUUGGUGAAAAUGCACAAGUUAUUCCAUAAUAAAAAUAACUUUGUUAAAAAAAAA